GGGUGAAUUUUGUGCGCCUCCUGGCCAGUUCUUCGGGGUAGGGAUUGGGAUGAAUGGUCCGAUUGAUCACUUCACUUCAGGAGCAAGUUGAGAGAGAGGGCAGGGUGAUCGAGGCACACGCGGAACAAGGCCACGAUGAGUGCAGCGUAACUCGGGAGCGCCACGUGCUGGAAAGCUUUGUCAGCUACGACGUGGUAACUGGGCACGCUCUCUUGCGGCAUUGGAAGGGGCAGUGCGCGCCACGAGUCUACGCGCGGAGGGAUAGGUCUGAAAACGUCCGCGCGUGCGCGUGCUGUUGCUGGUCGGCCCCUUUCGACGCGCCGAAUGUGAACAUCCGAGGAAAAGUAAUGUGGUGAUAGUGGCUAUGGUCGCCUUGGAAUAUGGUUGAGGAUCCAAUAUGCUUUGGGCUGGCUGGAGGAGGCUGACCAUGAAAUGGCUGUGUGAUGUUCUUUGUCCAUCCACCUGUGAUACGACUUUACUUCGUCGACAAACCAAGACACUCCUAAGAUGGAAGGGAAGCCUGGAGGUAUGCUACAGGCCAAGGUGGAGCGUGCUCAACCGCAACCUGGGUCAGGUCAACUGCCAUCUUGUAACGGUGACGUAGGAGCGGGUGGUGUUCAGCGAGGGCGGGCAUCGGCAGUGGCAGCAGCUGACCAUGCUAUCGGGAGGUGUUCAUUGGCUGCUGCUGGAGAUCCUGCGGCUCUUCCACAGCCUGCUGUAGAUGGAGUAGUCACAUCUGGAGCUCCGACACCCUUCCUGACAAAGACCUAUGACAUGGUUAAUGAUCCUGCGACGGAUCCCAUCGUCUCUUGGAGUCGGAACAACAAUAGUUUUGUCGUCUGGAACCCUCCUGAAUUCGCGCGAGAUCUGCUUCCAAAAUAUUUCAAGCACAACAACUUUUCAAGCUUCGUGCGGCAGCUGAACACGUACGGUUUCCGUAAAGUGGACCCCGAUCGGUGGGAAUUCGCCAGCGAAGGCUUUCUUAGAGGGCAGAAACAUCUUCUUAAGAACAUUCAUCGGCGGAAACCGCUUUCACAGUCUCAGCAGCAGCUCCAGAAUUCUUCCCAGCUGCCGAGUUCUGCGGGUGGGUGCGUGGAGGUUGGAAAGUUUGGAUUGGAAGGAGAGAUUGAGUGCCUGAAGAGGGACAAAAAUGUUCUCAUGUUGGAACUGGUGAGGUUAAGGCAACAGCAGCAGCAGCAGGAGAACGAGCUUCAGAUGACAAACACGCGACUAGCGGCAGUAGAGCAGCGGCAACAACAGAUGAUGACCUUUCUUACAAAGGCAAUGCGGAACCCAGCUUUUAUGGCCCAAUUUGUCCAACAGCAGAAGGAGAAGGGGCAGAGGUUGACGGUUCGGAAAAAGCGUCGGCUCCCGAAGCAGGAUGCUGACGUGAAUGGGAGCACUGGCUCGAACACGAGACAGUUAAUCACGUAUGAACCGCAGCAGCUGAAGAAUUUUGAAGCACUGCUAGUUAAACUUGUGAAGGGGCUUGCGAGGCCGACCACGCAGGGGUCGUCAGAUGAACCACGAGUUGAUAUGGCUGAAGGUAUGGGGAACCCUUUGUGUGGAAACGGCCAGGCGAAUGCGGCAGCGCACCAAGCGGGUAGUCAUUCCAGAGCAUCUGCUGUGAGGCUUACAGAGGUUGUUCAAGCCGCUCAGCAGCCACAACUACCCAUGCCAAUGGAGGAAGUUGGUGGGACUGAUACUUCUGUAGGAGGGUUGGGUGUCACUGCAAUGGCCAGUUCACCGUCACCCAGCCCUCUUGCACUGCCUAUCCACGGCCCGGCUGCGCAGCCACAGUAUGCUAUGGCUGCAGUUGGAAUGCCGGUGGGUACAGGUUUUGCGGCGGCUACGGCACCACAAAUGGAAGUGGGAGGAGAUAGGCUGCACCGCCCAAUGAACGGAGGGGGGCAUUUAGUGACACAUCCUACCUCGGAUGCCAAUAGACGGGGAUUGGUCGGUUGUGAGAAUGCGCGGCAUCAUCCGGUUGCAGGAGUGGGAAAUGGGAUCCAGUUGGGUGGUGGCGAUUCUGUUGGAAUGACAAUGAAUGGGGUGAGGGAAGUGGCAGCUGCGGCAUCGGGAACCCAAGGCGAAGGGACCACGUCGAUGAGUGAUGGGGUCUUGUGCUUGAACGACAUGGACAGGGAGAGCCAAAUGGGCUCCUCAGACAUCGUUGGGCCGUUGCAUGAUACUGCAUUUUGGGAUCAGUUCUGGUCCAGCGAAUCAUCGGCAGGGGAUGAAACUUGUAAACUCGAUGACUCGUCGGGAGGGGAGUUGACGAUUGUUGCACCUGGAUCUCUUUCUGGUGCCGACAUUGGCACUGCGGUGGUUGCCAUGGUCUGAGCGAUCCAGUGAGGCCCCCUCCCCUCGCUCCUCGCCGGUCGCGCUGGCCCGAUGGUGGCUGAUACUAAAUGGUCAAGAAUGUGCACUGGUGACCUUACCAUCCCCGAGCGGUUGUCUUUGCUGAUUGUUGCACCUGGAGCUCUUUCUGGUGCGGACAUUGGCACUGCGGUGGUUGCCAUGGUCUGAGCGAUCCAGUGAGGCCCCCUGCCCUCGCUCCUCGCCGGUCGCGCUGGCCCGAUGGUGGCUGAUACUAAAUGGUCAAGAAUGUGCACUGGUGACCUUACCAUCCCCGAGCGGCUGUCUUUGCUGGACAAAUCACUGCGGCGAAUGUCGCUUUCUUGCCAAAUAAAGUUUGUCGAAGCCUGUGUUUUGAUGUUCUUGUGCAUGAAUGAGUGAGAGGAUCUGAUAUUCGCAGGGUAGUCGAUUGGCACAGGGAGCUAGUUGUUCCUGCAGAUCUGUAACAAUAGAUCAUAACUGAUGAUCCUGGUUGGUGCCACUAUGCAAUGACCUUUUUUUGGUACGUCUCACUCGGUACCAUCUCUUUUGUUCGACGCACGCAGAGUAUGUGAUUACAGGUGUGAGGUUGAGUGCCAUUUAGGUUGUAGUCGGCGAUUAGGAAGGGUUUUCUUCUUAGAUGAGCAGGAAAAUUUCAGGGGUUAUCUGUAGAAGCUGUGAAGUUGUGAAUGGAGAGCUGUAGAUCGUGUAUCAUUUCAACUUGGCGAAAUCCCCCUCUGUUCACAGUACCCAGGCCUUCCUUUCUUUUGUAAAUCAAACUCGACUACCUUUUCAUUUGUUCUCGAUUGCUCUCGAACGGAGAUUGUUGCAGGUCUGAUGUGGCAUGCGUUGCCUGCCGGACCUUGCCAAAGUACACUGAGCUGCAUGGAAGAGCAGGCCUUUAGUUUUAGGAUCGAUAACGAUUGCGGUCAUUCAUUGUUGUGGCGACGAAUUCCGUUUCCAAAAGAGGGCUCCUUUUUGUGGAGAGCUCGCUCGAUGUUCAUGAUGCGUUUUGAGGAAGUGGUCGAUUCGUUGGAAGAGAUUUUGGGUUUGUGGACUUGAUGAUUGGUCGGUUGGCUUGGUUCCGUCUUAUCUAUGUUUUGCAAGCUUUGACACCUCAUGUGUGCGCCAGGAUGUGGCCGUCCUCUUGCCCACGCUGCCUCUCCUCCAUGCCUGUUUGCCACACUCUUGCAAUUUUUACGUCUCCUGCUCCUGCUUCCCGUAUCUGCUCGCAUCUAAGCCUGAAGUGGAUACGAUGCUUGGCUCGU